UGCUUCUGGAGGCGAGGCGCCGUAAAAUCUCGUCACGUUUGACCUCUGAGCUGCUGUAAAUGACGUCAUCCUGAGCUCCAGGAUAAUCAUGUCAAAGGAACUUUAAGAAGGCGAAGAUCUCUUGGAGUAACAUCCUGAAACAGCCAAAGAGUCUGAGGGAAGCUGGAAACCUGUUCCAAGAAACUUAACAAGAGGAGAAAUUCAUAGCAGAUUGCUGCAGAUUAUCACCCGGCCGUGUGUUCCUCUCCAACACUCUCCUCCGACCCCUCGCCCGUUUGCUGACCGAGGACCACCAUGGGCCUGCUGAACGUCCUGACCUCCAUCAAGGACCGAGCCGACAAGUUCCUCAACGAGAAGAACGUGGUCACGGACUUCCUGGGGAAGCUGGAGGAGAAGACGGGGAUCAAGAAGAAGGUCCUCGCCGUGGGUGCUGUCUCACUGACUGGACUCUACCUGGUGUACGGUUAUGGUGCUGCGCUCCUCUGCAAUCUGAUUGGCUUCGUCUACCCGGCUUAUUAUUCAAUCAAAGCCAUUGAAAGUCCUUGCAAAGAAGACGACACCAAAUGGCUGACCUACUGGGUGGUGUACGGCGUCUUCAGCCUGGGCGAGUUCUUCUCCGACAUUUUCCUCUACUGGUUCCCAUUUUACUACGCCUUCAAGUGUCUGUUCCUGCUGUGGUGCAUGGCCCCUGUGUCGUGGAACGGCUCCCAGAUUCUUUACAACAAGGUGGUUCGACCUGUUUUCCUCCGCCAUGAAGCGGCGGUGGACAACAUGGUCAGUGACCUCAGCGGGAAGGCCAUGAGCGCUGCUGAGAACCUUACCAGAGAAGUCCUGUCCACAUUGGUGAAAAAUAAAACUCUGAUGAAACCAGGACCAGUUUCUCAGACCGAGACUAYGAGUUUACCAAGUUCAUCUGCAAAACCAUCCACAGCUCCGGCUGCUCCAACACCACCAGGCAAAGACGAACAAAGACCUUUCCUGGGGUAAUGUUCGGCUCUCUGAUGGCAGCAGACGAAGAAGAGGAGAAMAUUUUUUUCCUCAGGAAGUGCUUCUUAUAUCUUUGUAGUACUGUAGUACAGAACAUCGUGAAUAACUGUCUUUUAUGUUAGUUUUUUUUAUUCAUGGUUUAAAAAUCACRUAUUUAUUUGUUUUUAAAACUGAAUCUUCAGAUUUGCUGGUUUUUCACAUCUCCAGCCAAUAACUGAUGUGGAAGCUGUUGUUUUAACGGCAAGCUGGAUGUUUUCACGACUUAAAAAUGUGAUGUUACGUUUUAUAUAAGUUCCCAAAUAAAUAACAUGUCAAUUCACCAGAUUAAAGUGAACCAAAUCUCUCAAAAACAAAAUAA